UUGGUUGGGAUAAAAUUUUAUAUAUUCAAAGAAAAAUGAAGAGUUUGUUAAUUUGUGUCUUUUUUGGACUGUGUGCUUUGACUGCUGCUAUACCAUUGGCACAGCAAGAUAAUUCCAACUCAGCCGUUGACAGUGCAAUCAAAGACAUUUUCCAACAAAAUGACGGAAACCAAGAACAACUUGGUGGACAACAAAUUGGAUUAGAACAAGGCCAAGUUGGUGGCAAAGAAUUGCAACAAGAUGUUGGACUUGGUCUUGGUCAAAACCCUCAAGACGAGGGUGGUGCACAAGGUUUUGGCCAAAGUCAACCUAGUGGCGGUGAUCAAGGUCUUCAAUUAGGCGGUGGCCAAAUUACCGAAGAAAAUGUUGGAUUAGGAGGAUCUCAUCUGGACGGUGGAUUAGGAUCACAAUUGGGUGGUGGAUUGGAAUCUGGCAGUAUUGGUGAAGACAAAUCUCAGCAAGGUAGUGAAGGAGGGUUAGGACAAAUAGGCGGUGGUGAAAUUGGUGGUGAACAUAAACUUGUAGGAAAACCUGAACCUAAAGUAUACGACCACCAUAAACAUUACGACCACGACAAGCAUGACUAUCACCACGAUCAUCACCACGAUGAUGACGAUGAUGAUGAUGACGAUGAUCACGAUGAUCAUCAUGACUACCACAAACACGAACACCACGAUUAUGAUCAUCAUCACGACCAUCACAAUUAUGAUAAACAUGAUCAUCAUGAUUACGAUAAACAUGAUCACCAUGAUCACCAUGAUUACGACAAACACGAUCACCACGAUUAUGAUAAACAUGAUCAUCAUGAUCACCAUUACGAUCACGAUGAUCAUCACGAUGAUGAUCAUCACAAGUAUGAUCAUCACGACAAGUACGAUCACCAUGACAAACAUGGUCACGAUGAUGAUGAUGAGUAUUAG